UUAUUAGAGUAUCCCCUACUGUAAUUGCAGCGUUCUUUAUAACAUUUGAGUGUUUAUGUAUGUUGUAGGGCUCAUUUUGAGUGAGGAAGAGAUCUUAAACUGUACGUUAGUUUUGAUCGAAAACAUACUACGUACCAAAAACAGUUCGCUGAAUAAUUGGGAUACAAUGCCAAAACCAGCCGAGAGCUCACAAUCAUUCACGGAAAAUCUUCUGAUACAAGAAGAGCUUAACUAUCCGAAAGCUGAAUUGCGUUCACAGCAUGAUGAAUGGAUUGUGAAAUUGACAGAUGAGCAAAGGUCAAUCUAUGAUCAGAUAAUUGGUGCUGUGCUUAACAGACAAGGCGGUGUUUUUUUUGUCUACGGCUUUGGAGGGACAGGAAAAACUUUUUUGUGGAAUAUCUUAUCAGCUGCUAUUCGAUCACGAGGUGAAAUUGUUCUGAAUGUCGCAUCAAGUGGUAUAGCAUCACUUUUACUGCCUGGUGGAAGAACUGCGCAUUCAAGAUUUGGCAUACCGAUCAAUCCAGAUGAGUUCUCGACUUGCAAGAUACAACCAGGUAGUAAUCAGGCAGAACUGAUAGCUAGAGCAUCUCUGAUUAUAUGGGAUGAAGCACCUAUGAUGAGUAAGCAUUGCUUCGAAGCUCUUGAUAAAACAAUGGCUGAUAUUAUGAAGAGUCCGGAGGGAACACCAUUCGGUGGUAAAGUUGUGGUUUUCGGAGGCGAUUUUCGACAGAUUUUACCCGUAAUUCCGAGAGGAUCUAGACCUGACAUUGUUUUGGCAACUCUUAAUUCUUCCUAUUUAUGGAAGCAUUGUAAGGUAUUGGAACUAACGAAAAACAUGAGGUUAAUGGCUGAAACUGAUCCGCAGCAGGCUGAAGAGAUAAAGACCUUCUCGAAAUGGAUACUGGAUUUAGGAAAUGGGAAGAUCAAUGAACCAAAUACUGGGGAAACAAUGAUAGAAAUUCCAAAAGAUUUGUUGAUAAAGGAAUGCAAAGAACCAAUUGCAGCUAUUGUUUCUGAAGUUUAUGGGAACACGUUCGAAGACUCGAAAGAUCCAGUUUUCUUCCAAGAGCGAGCUAUCUUAUGUCCCACCAACGCAGAUGUAGAAGUAAUUAACGACUAUAUGCUUGAUCGUCUAAAAGGUAUUUUCCCAUGUUAGUUUAAUGUUAUUUAAUUUGUCAUGUUAUUCAUAUUUUUUCGUUUUUUCUUAGGUGAGGAAAGAAUUUACUUAAGCUCAGACAGCAUUGAUCCCUCUGAUUUGAAUUCGAAAGAUGAUUCCGUCUUCUCCCCUGAAUUUUUGAAUAGCAUUAAAGUUUCCGGACUGCCUAAUCAUGCUCUAAGACUAAGAAUUGGUACACCGGUUAUGAUUUUAAGGAACAUAGAUCCUACGGAAGGUUUAUGUAACGGCACUAGGCUCCAGAUAACACAACUUGGAAUCCAUAUAAUCGCAGCUAAAUUCAUCACGGGCACUAGAGUUGGAGAGAAGGUCUUCUUACAUCGUCUUCUGAUUGAACCUUCAGAUGCAAGCCUUCCAUUUAAAAUGAGGCGGAGGCAGUUUCCUCUUAAAGUCGCAUUUGCAAUGACAAUUAACAAGAGCCAAGGGCAAACAUUAGGCAAUGUUGGGUUGUAUCUUCCUAAACCAGUCUUCUCUCAUGGACAAUUGUAUGUUGCUGUUUCUCGGGUCAAGUCGAGGAGGGGGUUAAAGAUUCUUAUUACCGACAAAGAUGGAAAUCAUCAAUUGUCGACGAUGAAUGUUGUGUACAAGGAGGUUUUUCAAAACCUUUUCGACAAGGAAAUGUGAAGUUACAAUACCUUCAAGAAUCCAGGUACCUAUUCGUUAUUUGCCUAAUACUCUUUCGGAUUGAAUAAAUUCAAAACUUAUCAAUGUGGUUAUCUAUAAUAUGCAGAAAAUAUGGUAUUGUUCUUUGGUGUUUUCUGAAGAUUGGAACUACUACGAGAAGCAUAUGUAAGUUUUUGUAUAAUUUGUGUAUAAAUAUAACUGUUCUUAUCGUGGCAAUAAUAUAGGAUUGGUUUAAUGUAUUUUCAAUAGGGAAGAACCAAUAUUACGGCAGUGACUAAGGAAGUGUGCGAGAUUAUCAUUCUAAAGUUAUCCAGCAACCUGGCGAAGCUAUACGAAAAAGAAACGACGAAAUUACUUUUCAUUAUCUAUACUUGAACAGCAAUCUACAUGGAUUAAUUCUAUUGACAUUAUGAGAAACUCACCUAAUAAUUUUCAUGUACGUUGGAUGCAUGGUGAACUCAAGGUGUGAAGUUGCUCCUUCGCUUGACUUUAUAUCAAAACUUCCUGCUUCUUUAUUUAAGCCUGUCAUAAUAGAAUAAGUUUUUUUAAUGUUUAGCAGGGGUUGGAAAAAAAGAAAUUAUAUUCGAUUAAAUUCUUAAUAUAUCUUAGUUGGUUUUGUAAACCGAAACAAUUUUUUAACAAAUUAUCAUUUCGUGUGCUAAACAAACCAUAAAUAUUUGGAUGUACAAAAGUUAGAGUUGAACCUAAAUAAAUCACUGACUUAUGCAACAUUGUCUACUUUUGCGAUUUCCAGUUUAGUUUAUUUUGCACUUCUAAUUUUUGGGCGCAGAACGCCAGCUAUUCACAUAACAAUACAGUUUCGGUAACUCAUCUAUAUAUUCGAUAUUUAACUAACUGUUGGUUUAAUGUCUGGUUGUAGAGAAUGGUGUAACCUAAAUUAUAUUGUAGCUUCUCUAACCGGUAACCGAAUUGUGAAGUAAGUUAGUGGGUUCUUAAUAUGGGCUCUAUAAGGUGGACUAUACUAAUAUUCCCUAUUUGGUUUACUAAAACGAAAAGAAUGACUACAUAAACUUAUAUUUAUAUACCUUCCUCCAACAUAGUAUAGAAUCAAAAAUUCUUUUAUUGCAAUAUCCGUUUUUGGCAUUCUGUAUCAAAAAUACCAUACGUAUAGAUUUAUAUUACUGUUAUAGCCACCCAUGUAUCUAAAUUAGUUUACUUAAUCUAACGUGUCUAAAUAAGUAAACUUAAUCUAAUGUGUUACAAUAUAUUCAAGAUUUAUUGUUUAAUUUGGACAGAAAUUUUAUUGUAACAUAUAUACCAGACGAUCUCAACUUGCUUCGCAAGCGAAAAGUAUAUACUCUUCCCUCCGCGUACUGAAUGCAAUAAAUUUCGGAAAAUACAAUAUGUUAAGUCUAAUAUUACGAUGCCCUAUAGUUGGUAUCCUAUAUAUAUGUUAAUAACUCGGAGUAAAAAGCAAAAAGAUCAAACUCUUUCAACUUACAAUUUCCUCAUGAGCUCUAUCAUGUUUUUCUCUGAAUUUGAGCUCCCCCUCAAAAAUCCUGUAGUCAGAGUGAAGGUAAUCAGUAAAUGGAAGGAUGGUUCUGCAAUAAUCCGUGGGGAAACUCAAAUGCUAAUGGGUGAUGAAAAAGUAUGAUUGAUAUUAUUACCGUUUAUACUGUAUUAUUUUUUUUGGUCGUUUUUCUAACUGUUAAUUUUAUGUUUGCAUACAGGGUAACACGGUUCUAGGAACUAUUGUCGAUGAAAUAAUGAUCAGAAAUGAAUGCAUCAUGUUUGAAGGAGAAUGGUAUGAGAUCCAUGGUUUCAAACUAAUGUAUAAUUUCCGCCGGUUUAGGGUUACUACAAACCGCUUCCAUGUAUUUACUGGUGAGAAUACUAUUAUUAAUAACGUCCCAGCAAGAACUGAUUGCAACUAUUAUGGUUUUAAAGAAUUUAAAACCAUAUUGAGAGGCCUUGCACAUCCUAUGUACUCUGUAGGUAUGUUGUUUUUAAAAGUUUAAACGUCAAAUUUCCUUAUGUUAAUAAUAUUUCUUUGACACUUUCAUAUGUAUAUUUAUGUUUUACAUUGUGUUAUCCCAUAUCACUUAUGUUUACUCUAUUCAAUAGACGUCUACGGAGCUAUGGUGAGUGUUGGUGAUCUAGAACAUGUUGGAGCCCCUGGAGGGCCAAUGAUACCAAAAAUGCGUUUUAGCUUGGUCAAUCCUGGGUGAGUUCAAGUGUUACUUUAAUCCAUUGUUUAUGACACAAUACAUUUACUAUUUUCCUAAGAUGAUAUGACUCUUAACAUUACAGGUAUAAACAUCUAAACUGUGUUGCAUAUGGAAGGAACGCUGUUGAGAUUGAUGCUUACUGGAAUUAUACAAGAGCAAAUGUUGUUUUGUGUGUCUUGAGUUUUUGGCAAAUCGAAAGGCUCCAAGGUAUAAAUUUUGUUUUAAACCUGUUAAAUUUAUACUUAAUUUAUACGCUGUAAAAUUGGUUCUUAAAUUAUACGUGUUUACCAAAAUAUUUUUUUUAUGUUUCAUUAGGUCGAUUCACAUUCAUCACGAACAUUGAAGGAUGUUCGAGGAUUGAAUUCGAACCCAAUAUUCCGGAGAUUAUAGCUUUUCGUCAGCUGUAAGAGCAUUAAUAUCUUUACAAAACACGAUUUUGUUCAUAUCAUUAAAGAUCUCUACUGUUUGUUAAAAAAAAUUGUCCUUUUUUUAACAGGAUUCCACCAAAUGCUUAUUGAUGUCUUGCAACAAGCAUUCGAAGGGAUAAUGAGGAGGACGUUUGGUGUUACAUUUUAUCGUUUUCAGUUUUUUUCUUUCAGUUUUUGAUUUUGCUUUAUAAUGUUCCUGGGUUUUAUAACAUAAGAUAAAUUUAUUUUGAUCUCUAUUUUUACAAUGCUAAAUGAUAGUUAAUUUUUCACAAGUGCGUCCUUUACUGGGUCGUAUAAUUAAUUAUCUCACUAUUGUGUCAAUACAGUUGAUGCUAACCUUAUUAGUAGACGUCCUAUUGUCUGAAAAAACACCCUUAGUUCCCACCUCUUCAAUCUUUCUCUGCAAUGUGAAACUCUUAUUCAAUAUAAACUAAAAUAUAUCGUCAACUCAAAUACAUUUAAGGAUAAUUCACAAAGUUUUGCUUUGCUUGAUUGUUUAAGUAUACUCAUAUCAAGCAAAGAAUUUUUAAUACUAAUCAUAAAAAUUCUAUUUCAAUCAAGCAAACAAUCAUUAAAUUUUAACAUUUUUAUCAAGCAUUUGAAUU